ACGCUAGCUAUCAGUUAAUAGUUUGUCGCGACUCGCGGUUCAUUACUAACGUGUGCCUUGUUAAUAGUGCUGUGACGAUUUCGAUUAAUCAACGAUAAAUUUAACACGACAAGAAUGGGGGACGACAAGAAUGAAGACAGCGUCCAAGAUGAAAAAACCUUGAACGAAGACGUGGCUAAGACAACAGCAUCUGAAGAAAACAAAGAAGAGGAAGAAAAAGAAAUGGACACAGAUAAACACAAAGAAAUGAAGUUCCAAUAUGCAGAAAACGAUAUCAGACAACGCGACAAUGAAAAAUCUUUUUAUAUCCAAAAUAUUACGAACUCCUCGAGCAAGAUGAACGAUCACAAAGACUCAAAAGACGAAGUGCUUUUAGUGGAUUCGAAGACUAUAGUGCGAUUUUCUCCGCUAUGGAAACAGACCAUGGCUGCUAUGGGAUCUAUUCUUCUCACAUUUACUGCUGGCCUCACGUCUGGAUACUCCGCGAUUCUGCUGCCUCAGCUCAAAGAAACCAGCUCUAUUCCCUCUGAUGAAAGCACGGCUUCUUGGAUAGCGGCUAUGGCAGCUCUUCCGAUGGCUCCCGGGUGUCUCAUAUCUGGAUGGCUGAUGGAAAAAUUCGGUAGAAGAAACGCUCAUUAUAUCGUGUGCGCGCCAUUUCUUCUUGGAUGGAUCCUCAUCGCCUGUGCCGACAAUCUAGCAUUACUACUCUUGGGUAGAUUUUUCACUGGACUCUGUGUGGGUUUGCUGGGACCACUCGGCCCAGUGUUCAUUGGAGAAACGACCAGUCCACAAUACAGGGGUAUUUUCCUUGCCGGAAUAUCAUUAGCUAUCGCUGUAGGCAUUUUUGUUGCCCAUAUCAUUGGCACGUGGGUUCAUUGGCAGUGGACUGCAGUUAUUUGUUGCUCGUUCCCCAUUAUUUCGGUGUUACUUUUGAGCAUAGUACCUGAGAGUCCAGUGUGGCUAAUAUCUAAAGGUGAAGUCGACGAUGGCAUCAAAGCCUUCGGAUGGUUGAAGGGACACAGUGAUGAAGCAAAGGCCGAACUAAAAGGGAUAAUUGAUAAACGCAAAGCCGCGGAUUUAGAACCAGAACCGACAGUAAAGGAUAGACUAAGGACUUUGAGGUCACCCGAGCUGUUAAAACCCUUAUUUAUAAUGAUAAUAUUCUUCAUAACUUGCCAAUUUUCUGGAGUAAAUGCCGUUGCCUUCUACUCAAUUGAAAUUAUAGAGAAAGCGGUCGGAAAAGGACUCAACCAUUACGCUGCUAUGAUACUCAUAGAUUCUGUAAGGCUUGUAAUGUCAGUAGUCGCUUGUAUCGUUUGCAAGAGAUUCGGUAGGAGACCUCUAUGUAUAAUCAGUGGUAUUUUCACUGCAUUAUCUAUGAUGGGUCUAUCGAUAUUUUUGUACUUAACGGACAGCAAGCCAACAAACAUGACUUGGAUUCCGUUGACGUGUUUGAUGGUUUAUAUAUGCGCUAUAUCUAUAGGAUUGGUGCCCUUACCUUGGAUGAUGUGCGGAGAGCUGUUCCCGACACACGUCAAAGGUUUUGGCUCCGGCAUCAGCUCGGCGACGACUUUUGUCAGCUUCUUUAUUGUGGUUAAGACUGCACCGGGUAUGAUGAUGAACUUAGGUGAAGUUUUCACAUUCCUGAUUUAUGGUAUUAUUGCAUUGGUUGGUACAAUCAUUUUAUACUUUAUAUUACCAGAAACUAAGGGUAAGAGCUUACAGGAAAUCGAGGAAAAGUUUAAAAGUGGUAAAAUUAGUAUAGCAUAGAAUGAAAUUAUUAAAAUACCGUACUGUAUUAAGCUAUAAGUUUAAAUGUAUCUGUGAUAUUAAGUACAUUACAUAAUGAAUAUUAUAUUUUUAGGAAUAAAUUUAUUUUUACUCGACUGAUGUUUUAU